GUUCGGCCUGAAUUCCGCAACGGUGAAGGGUAGCAGGCUCGGUGUGAGAAUCUGUCACUCGGCAAGCCGAGCCGGAUGGAUCUGGCAGCGUCGGUCUCGGGUUGCCGAACGGCUCGGGGGAAGAGGGGAGGGGCUUGUUUUUUUUUAGCCUUAUCUUUCGGCUUUCCUAAGCAGGGGACGGGACCGGCUGGACCUCGCCAUCGAUCCCCUACACGUGGUGAUAUUGGGCCAAUCAGGGUAGACAAAGGGGGGAUGCUUGCAGUCACAGAUCGACAGAUAGGGAAUCUGAUCACUUACUCCAGCUACCCUGAACCUUCGCAAAAGAUAGCAUUUCCCUAAACCGUCGGGCAGGUGGCGACGGGAGCCUUCAAGGUUCCCCUUAGUUUCCGCUGCCAAUUCCACCGCAUUGCUUUCUAGGAGUGUAUGCACGUCAGAGUACGUGGACUGUGGAUUGCCUUCUCAAAAAUGAG